UUUCGCUUUUGGCCUGGACGUACAAUGUUACACAACGAAGAAGUCUCGACGCCGAAAUCAGUGGAAGAUGAAAUUCUUGCCGAAUGGAACGUGGAAUUUCGUAAAGUAGAGAAAUCGCUGAAUGGAGAUUUUAAAGAACACUUCCCAAACGUCGAUGGAUUUGUAAGAAGCGAGCCCGGUGGUUUUUUUAUGAUGGACGAGUACUCGCACCACGCAGAAAAAAUCUAUCGUUUUCAACCAAGAAGUGACGACGUUUGGAUCACAACCUUCCCAAAAUGUGGAACAACAUGGACGCAAGAAUUGGUUUGGAUGAUCAUGAACAACUGCGACAAGAUGAAAGCGAAGGCGCCUAUAAUAAUUCGAUCACCAUUUCUAGAAUUUCCCUACAUGUUGAGACCGGGAAUCAUGCCAGCAGAAAUGACACAAAUGAUGCCCACUCUUGAAAUGGUUGAUGCAAUGCCUUCACCAAGGGUCAUUAAGAGCCACCUUCCAUUUUUUCUUCUUCACCCAAAACUGUUGGAUACUUGCAAAGUGGUUUACGUGGCCCGCAACCCAAAAGACGUAAUGGUUUCAUUUUUCUAUCAUCACCAACUAAUGGACGUUCACGGAUUUGAAGGGGACAUUGAGAAAUUCGCUCAAUAUUUUAUGGACGAUGAAAUCAUGUUUUCCCCCUUUUUCCCUCACAUUCUGGAUGCGUGGAACAAACGCCAUCAUCCCAACAUUCUUUUUCUUUUCUACGAAGAUAUGAAAAAGGAUCUACGCGGAGAAAUUGAAAAGGUCGCCAAAUUUCUCGGUCAAUCGCUUUCGGAAGAGCAACUCACGGAUUUGAGAGAACAUUUACGCUUCGAGAACUGUGCAAAGAACGAGUCAAUGAACAUGGAAGUUGCCAAGCAAUUUGGCAAUAUGAAUAAAGAUGGCCACUUUAUACGCAAAGGCAAAACUGGCGAUUGGAAAAACCAUUUUGGUCCGGAGCUGAAUAAGCGCAUCGAUGAGUGGAUUGAUAAAAACCUGAGCGGCACCGAUCUCAAGUUUGUUACAGAACUUGAAUUCCAAGAUUGACCGCUUCACCACACCAUAGUCUGCUGAUUAGAUGCGACAUCAUUUCUAAGGAUUUGGAUUGCCGUGAAAAGAAAAAAACGAUUCAUAAGCUUUUUUUUUAUUGCUUUAAAAAAAAAUGCAUCAAUUAAAUAUAGCGAUAACUGUUAA